AUGCGCCCACCAGGGGGGGCACCUCUUUGGCAGAUAACAGUCGUAAGUUCAGCACUGGAAACCUCGCCACUCGCUUACGUUCCCUCCCCAUUGCUGAGGAUCUCCAACAGUUCAAGCCCCCCCGCCGCAGUCAGCGAGCCAACUUCGAGAAUCGCUGCUGAUGAUUUUGAAGUACUGCCUCCAGUCAGUGAGGCUGCUAGCGACGGGCUUGACCAUUUGCUGCCCGACGACGUUAUUUUGGUCACCUCGCGCCCGUCUCCUUUCAUUCUACCUGACCCCCUUCCGGCUGCUCCGUUGGUGUCCAGAGCAUCCGCCUCUACUGGUAGGACCCGUUCUGGUCCAGGUUCUGCUGCUUCACCAGUGGCCAUGGCCUCCGUUGCUAGCCCGAUGCGUGCGAGCGCGGCCACUGCCUUCUCAGUCACAACCACCCUCGUUGCCGAAACAUCCUCGGACGAUCUCACAGAGCUUGACACGCUCACCGCAGCUGUCGCUGCCACAGCCCUCGAUUCCGACAACGGUGAAGCGGGCGGUGAAAGUGGAGGGGACAACGGCGGAUCGUACCACGUUCCUGCAAGCACUGAAGCCGGCCCUUUCUAUGUCAUCACCCGUGGAUUGCAAGUUGGAAUCUUCGCUGGCUGGGGCAAUACCUCCCCACUCGUCACCGGCAUCUCCAACGCUGUUUUUUGGCGUGUUGCGAGCGUUUACGAUGGCCAUGUUAGGAUGCAGCAGGCCAUCGCAUCGGACUUUGUUGAGCAACUCCACAAGUGA